AUGACCGCCAACUCUGGCAUACCUGUUUGUACUGCUGCACCCGAGCAAUCAAUCUGGCGCGACUUGCCCGAACGCGAGUUCAGACAUCAUCUGAUUGACCUCGAGCGUCGCACAAACGCAGUUCCGGCUAAUGUUCAGAUUUUUACUCCAAGCAACGACUUCGGUGCUCAGGACCUGAACCAUGUUGGUCUAUCAUUCACGAUAGAACAGCAAUUAGCAGACGAUCUUGCCUUUAUUGCGGCGGUCAAAGAGGGUGCUCAGAGUGUUGCGGCGGUCUGCUUGGAGCAACACCUUUCGCCCGUCUCCCGUCUCGUCGUCCGCAUUGCAGCCGCUGACACCAUCGACAACUCAGUCCGGUCAGCCAUGGCCUCUGUCUGCAGUAACUUAAGUAAGGUCAGCACAUAUGGUUCGUUUGGAGAGUCCAAGUCCGCCACCGAAAUUCUUUGGCUCAUUAUAGAGCAGCACCAGGCUAAACUCCUAGGACGUCUUCGAUCAGAAAGAUGGGACAAGCCCAAAUAUCUGGCUGAGAGCCACAAGAAGCCGUUAUGGCAGGACUUUGCUAAUGUCAUACACCGUGUACAACAUGUCUAUCCUGCCAGGAAGCAAAAGCAUCUUAGGAAGAGGCUCGUGGACCGACUGAAUGAGCUCGCUCAAUGCUAUGAGAAUUUCGAGUUGACCCCGGACACUGAUCUCGUUCAACAGUUGUGUAUACUCACCACGUUGACUCAUGCCUUUUGCAAAGAUCAAGACAUCCAAGAUUUUGCCUCUGAACUCGAGCAGAUACGUCCCACAGCACAGAUCGCUGGAACUCUGAAGUGCUUGCGUCAACUCGAAAAGAUAGGGGCAUAUUGGAGGAUAGCAGUCGACCUUGUCGCAUGUGCAAACAAGUUCCCUCGUGUGCUUCGGAAUAUCGAGCUUGAGUACUUGUCAUCGUACAGUAGCGUCCCAGCAGAGAUUGCUUAUGAGUCCUGGGCAAAGACAUGUCACGUUCAUGCUGAGAUUCAACUCGUCAUUGAUCAUGACCUCCGGCACUCAGAACGAGUCGGCAGUAUGAUGGACGAAGCAGUAGUCUUGUGGCCGAGAACAGUAGGAACCUCGAAGUACCUUUGCUAUUUGUGCCAUCUCUUCAUCAACCUUCAUGGAUGCUUCUUCGCUCCCAACACUCAUGGACGACUGUAUGACCAGUGGACAGUGCCAGAUCUCAAGGAGUUCGACCACAAUAUGCGCGACAAAUACCGAGGUGUGCUAGGCAGGAUGAAUGCUGUGAUCACCAAGCAGGCAGCGUUGGACUCGUGCUGGAGAGCAGAACCUAUGACCAGUCGUCAGAACCUCUUGUCGCAGAGAGACUAG